CGGGAGGCGGGACGGCGCGGCGAGUCGGCUCCAGACGCUUCGGGAGGGAGGAAGAGGAGGACGCCGGGCGCUCGGAGGUGAGAAAACCAUGAGUCCAGUGAGGUUACAUGACCAGCCCAGGUUCAUACAAGUUCAGUGAAAGGGAAACCAAGGAUUUUUACCAGAUACAUACUGAUGAGAGAGCCAUCUGGUAACCAGACUCUAAUGUGUCAAGAGUAAUUCUAGUAGUGUCCCUUCACCGAGAUGGGCGCCCAUUUCCUCAGCCUCUCUGGUCCAGGCCUCCACAGUCAGAAUGGAAACAGACUGUAAUCCCAUGGAGCUGAGCAGUAUGUCCGGGUUUGAAGAAGAUGCAGAUCUUAAUGGUUUUGAAGAAACUGAUAUGAAAGACAUGAAGCUAGAAGCCGAAGCAGUUGUGAAUGACGUCCUCUUUGCUGUUAACAACAUGUUUGUCUCAAAAAACCUGCGCUGUGCCGAUGAUGUGGCCUAUAUCAAUGUGGAAACAAGAGAGAGGAACAGAUACUGCCUGGAACUCACUGAAGCAGGGCUAAGGGUGGUAGGUUAUGCUUUUGACCAAGUGGAUGAUCACUUACACACUCCUUAUCAUGAAACGGUCUACUCGCUGCUGGAUACGCUCAGCCCUGCCUACCGGGAAGCAUUUGGAAACGCACUCCUUCAAAGACUGGAAGCUUUGAAGAGGGAUGGAUAGUCGUGACUACGCUUUUUCCUUCUAGAGGGGGCUGCUGCUGGUACAAAAUGUUGACAUAAAGCUUGAAAUACUUGCAUAUGGUCGUAGUAGAAAAUGCAGCUUUGGUUUUAUGUCCAUUUCUCGCUUCCAAGUUUAGGCUUCUGACUCAGAACAUUACUGAUGAUUGAAUUGUCUGUCUUAGUUUUGGAUUCAUGAAGGGAAUCCCAAGGCCAUUGCUGUGACACUGUCUUGAAGACACUCAGAUUUCUUCAUAUAGUAUCUCUGCAUUUCAGAAACCUAAUCAGUAUUUCAUUCUGCUAUUACAGGACUUUGAGGCUGCCAGCACUCUCUCUUACAUAGGAAAUUCUAGAUUUGCACAGUAAUAUACAGGAAUUAAAAUGACUUAACUUCAAACUUGGAUUCCGCUUGCUAAAUCAGGGGUUUACUACUAGCUUGGACUGACUUUGUAGUAAUUAUUUUGCUACUAGCCUUAUUGGAAACAAAUUAUCGACUAGUUUCCCCUGCACAAAUUUUGAAAUUCACUGCUACACUUAAUCUAUUUAUAUUACUAAUAUGGACUGAUAAAGAUGAAUUAAUUCUAUAUAUUACUUAGCUAGUAUUAAAUGGAAAACAGGUACUGAAAUAAUAGUUCUGUAUUCCUCGUUUGCAACAGCCAGCCAACUAAGAGGACAAACCGUUAGCAAAUGAAUGUAAUAAUUACUUGUUUCCAAGAUAUUUAAGCACAUAAGCAAAUAUAGAAACAGGCUCCAUUUUUCCUAACGAAAAGCAUCUUCAGUGUGUGUGUGUGAUUUAAGAGGAAGACGAUUCUGAUUUCCUAGAAAACAAUAUUUUGACCUGUGUUGAUUCUUAUUAUGAAUGUUUGUUUACAUAAUGUACAGUAUAUAUUCAGAAAGUAUUUUUGCUUCAAUGUUUCCUUUCUAUGAUGUGCUUUGGUAUUCCCAUAGCGACCCUCCUUCCCCAACAGAUGCACAGUGUUCUGUCUCGAUGCUCACUCUGCAAUGUAAUAUGCAUGCAUUGUAUGGGUUUGAAACCAAAGGAUGAAUGAAGCAUUCAGAGACUUAAUAUUUGAAAAAGGGAGACUCUGUUUUUAUAUUUUAUUACAGGUACUAAUAUUUAUAACAGUGAAUUGUACCAUGCUGCUACAUGUUUUCAAGUACAUAUUGAAUACUGAAGAUUGGGGAGUCGAUUUUUUAGUAGUAAUCUAAAGCAGCAACUGUAGAAAUGUUGAAAGUAAAAUUCAGCAUCGAGACACACCUUCAUAAUUUGUCAUUUGCAGACUUUUUUUUAAUCAUUAUUAAGUAACAGGUACUUCUAGGUUCUGAAGAUCAUGUAGACCAGAUUGAGGUUGGGUUUGGGUCAGUAUUCGCUGUCGGAGUUCAUCGGGAUGCUUUAACUAUGUUCUGUAAAUGCAUGUCCAUUCACAGCUUUAUUUUCAGAUGCUAACUGUUUGGGCAGUGAAGUCAACCUGCAGGUCAGAUUUUCUCACGCUUAAUCUCAGGCGAAAUAAAUGUAAAGGGUAUUUGUAAAGUUUGAAUAAAAUUCUGUUGACUCAUUUCGAGUUAAGUAUGAAGAAAAGUGAUUGUAUGUUCAGAAAUUGACAUUGUUCAUUCUGUGAUAAAUGACUGGUUCCAGGAG